AUGUCAUCCAGUAGCUUUGCCGCUGCUCAGGAACGCAUCCUUGCACGGCAGACAGCCAGACAACAAGAGGCCCUCACCCUCACUCAACAGCCGGAGACUACUGGUGGCCGCUCCUCCUGGACGCGACUUACUCAAUCCCUACGACCCAAGUUAUCUUCGUUCUGGAUAACUUUGCUAGAUUCGGAGGGCACACGGCCAGCGUUUCGAGUCGGACAGGUGGAUGCAGAACUUCUCGAUGAAGAAUUGCUGGGGCUAUUGAAGACACAAGUCGCAGAUGCUUUGAAGUACCUCGGGCCACAUCUGCAGGAUGACUGGUCGCAAGAAAUUCUGCUUGCUCUCCGGGCAGCACUGUUCAAGCUAUCUAUAUGGGACAAUGACGCUUCCUAUGGCGCAGCUCUGCAGAAUCUCCGAUACGUCGACGCCAGGAAAUCUGGACUGUCCCUUCCGAAACCGACGAGAUGGCAAAAGAGUCUGUACGGGCUGCUGACGGUCUUCGGGCGUUAUGGAUGGGACAAGUGGGAGGAUUGGCUGAUUGAUCAAGAGCGAGGAUAUACAACUCCUUCAGAGGCCGUCCAGACGCUGAUGAGAUUUACCUCCUUCAUCUCUACAACACAUUCUAUCGCGGCUUUUUGUUCCUUCCUGGUGUUCCUCGUCAAUGGACGCUACCGGACUCUUACAGAUCGUUUGCUGAGAUUAAGACUGAUGUCGCCAUCCAAUCAAGUGAGCCGGGAAGUCUCAUUCGAGUACCUCAAUCGUCAAUUGGUCUGGCAUGCCUUUACCGAAUUCUUAUUAUUUCUCCUGCCGUUGGUCGGCAUCAGUCGAUGGCGAAGAUGGCUCGCCAGGAUGUGGAAGAAGACAAAAGACGCCAUGAAAUCGCAAACAGAAUCCGAAGAUGACGAUGGUGACAAAACAAAAAGCGGGCCACUGGCCUUCUUGCCAGAAAGGACUUGUGCCAUAUGUUAUCAGGAUCAAAAUCCGACAUCGACAUCCGAAGCUGAGAUCCUAGGAGCAAAUGCCGCUGCCGGGGGAGGCGUCAUUGGCUCGGCCACUACCGACGUGGUAAAUCCCUACGAGACAAUUCCUUGUGGCUGUAUCUACUGCUUUGUCUGCAUAGCGACCAAGAUCGAAGCGGAAGAGGGCGGUGGCUGGACAUGUCUGCGUUGCGGAGAAAUCGUAUACAAAUGUCAGCCCUGGAACGGCGAUAUCGUUUCGGUUGGAAAAAAGACCAGCAAUAAAGUCGCCAAAUCGGUCGGGUUUUCCGUCGCCAACGAUGACUCAAGCGAGACUUACCGAGACGGACCCUCUGAGGAUUCGCAGGAAAUUAUUGACUCAACUUUGGCCGAGAGCCAGUGGACCAUGGCGGAUCAGGAGUCCUCUAGCAGUUAG